AUGCCUCUUCCUCAGUAUUUGAUUAAAGUAUAUAUGUAUUUCAAUGGCUGCAAGCCUACUGUUCAAACCAAGAUUUCAGAUGAUACUGAAUCUUUUGCCACCUUGAAAGAAACGUUGAAUAAUUUGUUGCCUGAUUCCGAUAACAGAAGGGUGACAAAGAUCGAGUUUCGGGAGGACUGGAUUGAUACAAAUGGAAGGGUGAAAUACAACUUAAUCGAGUUGAAGAAUGAUGAAAAUGUGAAGACCAUGUGGAAAUCAUUUCGCCGUAGGAUAACUAAAGGUCCGAUCGAAUUGGAUGCGCAAAUCCAAAGAUCCGUUGACGACAUAAUGAAGUGUCUGAUUCGUCUAGAGUCUUCCGGUAGUGGCUAG